AUGGACUAUACUGUCGUCAAUGAUGUCCAUCUCUUGCGAGAAUCGGUUCAGUAUUCGUCCCAUUGGUGUCGUGUCUGUAAAACAGAGGAGGAAUGUAAGACAUGGGCGCCCGAACCACACGUGCCAUCAUCUGGUUGUGCAGCACUUGACCCGCCCUGGCACCGAUGGCCGCGUAGACCCAUAGCCGCCGAUACCGUAGAGCCGUAUCGUUGGCCGCACUCGAGUCCAACGAGUCGUCUGACCACUCGCUUAGCCAUAAGCCCGACGCGGCUGCGGCCGCAUUGGCCCCAACAUAGCUCAACACUCAUUUUGAUGCCUCCUUUGGCCAACACUUCUUUGUCUAUGAGUUUGCCUUUACUUUUAUCGGACACUUCUUCUUCAGUGCUGUGUUUAGUGCCUUCGCUGUCAUUAGAUCUGACGGACAAUUGCUUUUCUAUCAAUGGUUUCACUUUUUGCCAGAAUUUGCAACUCUUUCUCAUCGAUGUCUUCGGAUUCCUGUUUAACGACAUAUUCGGCAACAAAUUCAGCGAAUUCUCCACUUUUGGCCAUCAGUUCAUCAAAUGA